AUGGACUACGAUGCCCUCCGCCAGGCCAACGCUGCGGGGUGGCUCGUCGACGAGCCGACACUGCUGGGCAAGCUCGACCUGCUGUUGAAGCGCAACACCGCCUUCAUCAAGCGGCUCCGCAUGGUGCUGGCCGACACCAAAGAGGCGAUUCUCGCCGAGCUCGCGGCGGUCCUGCUUUCUAAGUACUUGCUGGAGCUUUCUACGCUGCUAAUUGAGGGGAUGAGCAAGCUCUCGAAGCGUGACGACAUCUAUGCCGCCGUCGAGGUGGCGCUGGCCCUACACGAAAGAUUUGGCAUUUUGGUCACCCCCAGCAUCAAUCUGGGCAUCUUGGCGUUGUUAAAGGACCCGGAAAUCACCGCUAAACAACUGGCAGUAGUGGUCGAGCUCGUGGCCGAGCUUCAGCGCGUGGGGUUAUUCGAAAACUUGGCCAUGACCGACCGCGCCAGUUUACCUUCCGACUACGCCAAACGCUACUCGAAACUUGAGAAACAGCCGAUGGUGGUGGUGGUAUUGAAGGACUUGUUGCUGCAACGGUUUCUGCUGGGCGAUAUGUUGCCGGUGGUGCAGAGAGUGGUUAAACGCUACGGACCCGCUUUUGAGGGCCUAGACGGAGUAUUACAAGUGGUGGAAGUGUACCACGAAGCCGUCCUCAAACAAGUGAAGGGGCUCCAGAAGCAGGUGGCGGUUUUGGACGCUAAUAACCGCAAAGCCGCGGUGAGAGUGGGGCGGUUUUUACCCGAACACACCGAGCCUUUGGAGGCAGCGCAGCAGCAAUUGGCCAAGUUCCACGCCGCCGCCGAAGCCGUGGCUACGGUGAUGAAUUUCGACCAGCCCGGCCCGCUUGAAAUGGCGGCAGGAGACGCCGUCGAUACUCAAGCGCCUCAAGUGGAAGUGGUGAAAACCAAGCUUGACGAGGAGCUCGUGUUUGAGAGCGCUGCUCAGCGUGCGUUCUAUACCGAGAUCCCCACGCUCGAACUGUUGGAGCUGCUGGAUAUUGAGGUAUUGGACGUGUACACGUGGGUGACCAAGUUUGAACGGGCCCUGGCUCCUGAAGAGCAAUUAGCGCUUUCAUUGGCUAAAGGAGGGUUCAACAAUAAAGCCACCCACCAGAAGAUCGUCAAACGCAUGCUCGACCUAAAGCUGACGGCGCUGCCGGAGUUUUUCAGCAAGUGGUCGCGGAUGUUGGCCAUUGCCAAAGUCGAGGCGAAAGCGGUGAUAGACGACCUCGUGAGCCAGUUGGACAGCGAGUUCCGCCACCACGUCAAGCUCGAACACAUGUAUUUGUUCCUUGAGUUGGUCAAAUUCCAUUUGGUGCCGAUGCACAUCAUCUUUCAUAAGAUCCGUACGUUAACUCUCCACAUCGAUGCCGGGGCUAAUUUGGACUUGUUGGUGAUGAUCUACGAGAACUGCGGCCGCUUCUUGUACUACGACCCUGAGUACGAGGAGGAAAUGAAACGCAUGGUGGAGUUGCUUAAAGAUUGCCAGCGGAAAUCGUCACUCUCAGUGAAUAAGAAGAUGGCAGUGAGAUCUUUGGUACAAAUUGUCGAACCCGUACGCGGAGUGAAACCUCUGCAACGCCAGGAAGGGCCUCAGUGGCUGCCGAAGCAACUCUUUGUCCUGAGGCUUUUGGGCUCGCAAUUGUGUCAAGAUAACAUGCCGGUGAUUCUUUCAAUUUUCAAAAGUACCGACGUGGUAUUCGACCCCGAGAUCCAACCGGUAUUCCUCUACCUGUUCUCCCACCCUGAGUUAGUGAACUACGACGCUUUAGGUCUCCUUGCUCGUAUCUUUAAGUACGUCGUUGCCCGCCAGCGGCCGUUAUUGGUGAAAGUGAUUGACCAGGUGAUCGAACUGAUUAAACGAGGGCUUGAGCUUAACGACUACCGACUCAAUCGGGUGCGUAUGGCUCAGGCUAAGUUCUUAGCCGAGUGCUUUAACCACCAGUUGAUCAGCUUGAAGGUUAUCGUGCUGGUGUGCUACAAGAUCAUCACUUUAGGCCACCCCAAUAACCAGCCAUUGCCUCAGGCGGAUGUGGCGCUAGACAUGCCCGAUAACUACUUCCGGGUGCUGUUGGUGUGCACGGUGCUCCUAGCACUCCGGGCGCCGCUCCUGUUGUGGAAGAGCUCGGCGAAGCAGCUGGUGACCACGUUGUUAGUGUUCACGCAGUACUACAUCUUCUGCAAGGCGCAGUUGCCGGUGGAGACGCGGUUCAAGGUCGACGAGCUCUUGGCGAUGUACGGCGAGGUUGUCGACUACCAGCCGCUCCAACUGCUUGGAGAAGCCGCUAGAGCCCUCCAGAUGAUUGUUGCCGAACAAGGGUCGCUCCAGAACGAUGCCGACGAAGUCGAGGAAGCGUGGGGCAACCAAGAAGUCGCCCCCGCCGAUGAUUUGGACGACGACGAGGACGAGGAUGAAGACCUAGAGGACGACUUAGAGGACGAAGACGACGACGAUCUCGACGACGAAGAAGACGAAGACUUAGAGGAUGACUUGGACGACGACGAUGACGACGACGACGACGACGACCUGCUGGGCCAGGCGCUGGACGCCGACGACGACGAGGACAGCCACUGGGACAAGCGGAUGGCGGCGGAGAUCGACCGCGAGAUCGCGCGCAUGGUCCACGCGCUGGCGGACGCGGGCAAGCGGGGCCAGGGGCGCAAAGUGCAGCUCGAGGUGCCGGUGGAGAGCGGUGGCGCCAACUUCAAGUUGAUGUCGCGCCGGGGCAAGCUGACCCAGGUGCACCAGUUGAAGAGCAUGCCCGUGGAUAACAAGUUUGCCGAGUUGGUCCAGCGGAACCGGCAGGACCAGGCGGCGUACCGCGAGCGCAUCUUGCGCCUCGCCCACGACAUGGCUGAUUAG